UCUAUUUAAAUAUUUAAUUUUAUUAACUUUUUAGAUCAUUUUCAUUUCCCACAGUACCCUCCCUUCUUCCCUACCUAGAAGGCCAUGUCUUAUAACAAAAGGGAAAAAAGGAAAAAAACAUAAGACACAUUUUAUUUCCCCAGUGUGCCCUCUCCUCAUCCCAUCCCACUCCAGUCCCCUUCAGGUUAUCUUCUGUCUCUUCAGAACAGAGCUUCCUCGAUACUUUUAAGUGUCUAUCAUAGACACCUCAUCAAGAAUACAAAACCAAAAGGGCAUACAGUCCCUGCCUUCAGGGAGCUUGCAGUCCAACAUGGGGGAAGAGGGGGCAAACAUGCACAAAUCAUAGUAAUCUGGGGAGAAAGGUAUUCACUACCAGCAGGGGGAACCAGGAAAGACCAAAGGGGUUGAAAGUGUCUUCUAGAGAAGUUGGGGCUUUGUAGAAAAGAAACAUCUCUUUUAAGGGCUUAAGAACUUUGAUCAGGGAAGGCAGAGAUGAAGGAGAAUGUGAAGUACCAGGGACAGCAAGAGAAAAGGCCUGGAGCUGAGACAUGGAGCAUCUUGUUCUUGAGGCUGCUGGGGCCAGAUUAAGGUGGGGGGGGGGCGGUGUUGGAGGAGUAAGGUGUGAGAAAACUGGGAAGGUAAGAGGGGGCCAGGUUAUGAAGGGAGUGCCAAACAUCUUGUAUCUGAUCCUUGGGACAAGAAGCCCCUGAAGGUUACUAAUAGGGAUCCACAGCGUUAGACUUGUUGGACUAGUGGAUUGACAGGUCUAGACUAGGAAUAUCCAGCCCUUGCUACUCUUCUGUCUUAGAACUGAUACUAAGACAGAGGUGCAGUUGUUUAAAAAACCCCCAAAUCAAACCAGGAGACAGAAUGGGGGGGGGGGACUGAUGGGUCAUAAAAGCUAAAGAGAAUGAGAGAGUGACCAACAGUGUCCAAAGCUGCAGAGGCAAAAGAGAAUGAGGUAUGGGAAAGGCCACUAAAGAGUUUAUUCCUGACUCUGGAGAGAGCAGUUUCAAUGGACAGAGAAGGUCAGAAACUACAUUGUACAUAAGGAGUUGAGAGCCUAGACGGAUUUUAGCUUCGGAGGGCCGAAAAGGGAAAAACUGGUAGUUAAAGCCGGAAAUAAAGUGAGCCAUGCCUGAGAAAGGAAAAGGAAAAAUGCCAAAAUUAGAGGUGGGUACCAGAGUCCCAAAGGUGGGUGUUCCCCCGGCAGAGGGUUUUUUUUUUUUCCAGAGGGAGUUGACUCCAUCUGAGGAGGCCUCCCCCCUGCUCUGCUGUGUCCCCCCAAACAUUCCAGAGGAGCUUUCAGGCCGUCACUUCCUUUGGGACACCUGAGGGACUCUACGCAGCACAGGCCAAUUCCCACGUCCAGCAGCACCGCCUCAGUCCUCCUCCCGUAGCUUCCUGGAGUCACGUGUUUCUCGGGGAAGCCUGACGCAAACACGCAGGCGUCACGUUCUCUGCCACUCAGAGCAGCGGCCCUCCCUCUCCGCGCCUCCUCAGCCGACUGCGGGGUUCGUGACUUCUUCGCUUCGAAGAAGUUAUCUGGAGACCUAAAUAAAGCCUGAAACUAGGCCUCCGACAAGACGGGACAGGUUCGGACACUUCGACACCAGGAUCUUUGUUUGGCGGAAGCGGACUUCCCGCGCCUGCGCACUCGGCUCUAGUGCGCAGACGCAGCUCCGCAUUCCGAGCAGUGACGCCGCCAGCGCGCGUCGCGCAUUUCCGCCUCUAGCUAAUGGCUCAGGCAUAGGGCGCGCGCUGCGCCGCAGGGGCUCCAGCUGCGACCCCGGCCCCGCCCCCAGGACCCUAGCCAUGGAGGGCCUGUUACCCAUGAUCUUUGCCUCAGAUUCACCCCCUGCCCGGGGCCCUUUUGUGGAGAUCAUUGAGCAGCCUAAGCAGCGGGGGAUGCGCUUCCGCUACAAGUGUGAAGGUCGUUCCGCUGGCAGCAUCCCUGGGGAGCGCAGCACAGACACCACCAAGACCCACCCUACCAUCAAGAUCCAUGGCUACUUAGGACCAGGGACUGUCCGCAUCUCCCUGGUGACCAAGGAGCCUCCUCACCGGCCUCAUCCUCAUGAGUUGGUGGGGAAGGACUGUAGGGAUGGUUUCUAUGAAGCUGAGCUCUGCCCUGACCACAGCAUCCACAGCUUCCAGAACCUGGGGAUUCAGUGUGUGAAGAAGCGAGAUCUGGAGCAGGCCAUUGCCCACCGAAUGCAGACCAACAACAAUCCCUUCAAUGUUCCUCUGGAAGAACAGCGGGGAGACUAUGAUCUGAAUGCUGUCCGGCUCUGCUUCCAAGUGACCAUCCAGGACUCUGCAGGAAGGCCCCUCGUCCUGCCCCCUGUCCUGUCCCAUCCCAUCUAUGACAACCGGGCCCCCAACACCGCGGAGCUGAAGAUCUGCCGUGUGAACCGUAACUCGGGGAGCUGCCUGGGUGGGGACGAGAUCUUCCUCCUGUGCGACAAGGUGCAGAAAGAGGACAUCGAGGUGUGCUUCUCGGGGCCCGGAUGGGAGGCGCGCGGGUCCUUCUCGCAGGCCGACGUGCACAGGCAGGUGGCCAUCGUGUUCCGCACACCGCCGUAUGCCGAGGCCGCCCUACAGGCCCCGGUGCGGGUCCACAUGCAGCUGCGGCGGCCUUCUGACCGGGAGCUCAGCGAGCCCAUGGAGUUCCAGUAUCUGCCAGACACAGACGAUCGACACAGAAUUGAAGAGAAACGCAAGAGGACGUUGGGCACCUUUAAGAACAUCAUGAAGACGAGCCCUUUCAGUGGGGGCAAUCCUGACACCUGGACGUCCCCCAGACGCAUCGCCGUGCCCUCCCGCACCACAGGCUCUACUCCCAAACCUCCAGGUGAGGCUCGUGCCCACCUCAGAUCAGGUAUCCUUCCUGGCCUGUCUUCCUCAGUGCCCCAGCCCUACACCUUCCCACCACCCCUCAGUACCAUCAACCUGGAGGAGCUUUCUCCCAUAGUCUUUUCAGCUAGCCAGGUGCAAGCCCCAGCCCUGGCCUCUGCCCCUACGCCGGCCCCCUCCCUGGUCCCAGCCCCCACCUCGACUGCCCCUGCCCCUGCCCCUGCCCUGCCCCCUAUCUCCCAGUCUGGGGAGGGGACGCUGUCCGAGGCCCUGCUGGGCCUGCAGUUUGAUACAGAUGGAGAUCUGGCCGAGAUUCUGGCUGACCCCGACAGCACCUACACCAACCUGGCAGCCAUCGACAAUUCGGAGUUCCAACAGCUGCUGAACCAGGGGAUACCAGGGACCCUCGAAGGGCCUGGGCCCUCAGGGGAGCCCAUGCUGAUGGAAUACCCCGAGUCCAUCACCCGCCUUAUGACGGGGUCUCAGCGGCCCCCCGAGCCCACCCCAGCGCCUCCGGGGGCCUCGGGGCUUGCCAACGGUCUUCUAGGGGCAGAUGAAGUCUUCCCCUCCAUGGGGGAUUUGGACAUAUCAGCCUUCCUAAGUCAGAUCAGCUCUUAAGGGGCUGAUGGGUGUCCGGGGGACAGCCGGUCCCCUCGGAUUCCGCCUCGCCUCUGGAUGCCUUGGGCCGCUGACGCCACUCUUAUCCCCUUGGAUUUCUCUUGGGGGAGCUGGGAGGAGUGAACCCUCUUCCAAUAUUUUAGCUGCAGUAUCUCUCUGUUUUGGAGGUGCUUAAGUAAAAGCAUUAACUCCUGAAGAAGGGAGUGAAUGGGGGGCUGGGGAGGACUGCCUGCAGCCCCCGGGGAGAGAAUGACCCUCCCAUCCGGUGGCUCCCUGGACCUGAGGAUGGAGGGCUGGGGGACAGGACCCCACCAGGUCUUCUGCCCAUGCCACGGAGCUGGGUUUGAGGCAACACCCCCUCCCUAAGCACCUUCCACUGGGCCAAGCUCUGUGGCCUUCCUUUCACUUUGCGCCUGACACCAGUGUCCUUAACAGCAUUUAGACAGCUCUGCCAAGGGCCCUCCUGCUCUUCCAUCCCCAUGAGUGGGCAGAGGGAGCUGGGCUGGGUGAGGGUCCCCCUUACCAAGCUCUCAGGAGAAGAGGGGGAGGCCCCUUUCCUCAAGUGCCUUCCUGGGGCAGAUUGCCCCUGUGGCCGGGCUGCUGACGCCACCAUCCAUUCCAAGUGGUUGGCUGGACUGCUUUUUACUCUUAACCAAUAAAGGUCUCUCCAAACUG